AUGUCGAUACCUACAGCGCUCGCAAGAGCCAACGAGAUCAGGACCCCUCCCNCACCUGGCGCUCCUUAUAGUGUUGCCCUCGAAGGAAGCGAAGAGUCGGGACGUAGCAAGAUCUACAGACAUUGGAGAUUCAAGGAUGGUCUGCUUCACACCUUGGACCNNCCCAAAUCACGUCUGCGCACGACUUCUUUGAAAGGACAGAACCGCCCCGAGUGGCAGAUUGUUGGACCCGACACAACCGAGUACAUCAUCAACCAUUCACGAUUAGCUGCUGUUGCAACUUCGUUGAACCACAUCCCAACUCUGCUCAAGCUUGCUCCACACUGUCCCACCCUCAAGAUCAUCGUCUCGCUCGACCCCCUUACCUCGGGCUCCGAACUCCCAGGAACCUCCAAGGCCGAUAUUCUUAAUGCUCUAGCUUCUGAAGCUGGCAUCAAGGUCAUUUCCAUCCGUGAUGUCGAGGCCAUGGGCGAGGCCAACCCGAGCCCCUACAAUGUUCCCCAACCAGAAGACAUCGUCACCAUCAACUAUACCUCUGGUACGACUGGUCCCCCCAAGGGUGUUGUUUUGACCCAAGCGAAUGCUGUUGCCGCAGCUUCGGCCUCCAUGACUCUGGUAGAUAUGCGCGAUAACGAUGUUAUGUGUUCUUACCUGCCGCUAGCUCAUAUCUACGAGCGCGUGACCGAGGGUUCUGCUCUUUGGGCUGGCAGUGCUAUUGGAUACUUCCACGGCAACAUUCUGGAGCUUGUCGAAGACUUCAAGCUUCUCCGUCCUACCAGCUUGAUCAGUGUUCCUCGUCUGUACAACCGCUUUGGUGGUGCGAUCAAGACGGCCACUCUCGAAGCAUCUGGCGUUAGAGGAGCUCUUUCAAGACACGUUGUCUCGACCAAGUUGGCAACCUUGAACAGCCCUGAUCCUAAGCAGGCUACAAACAAGCAUGCUUUCUAUGAUCGCAUCUGGGGCAGAAAGGUCACAGCUCAGCUCGGUCUGGAUCGCGUCAGAGCUAUGGUGUCAGGUUCGGCUCCUAUCGACCCAUCCCUUCAGCAAUUCAUGAGAGUAGUGUUCGGAAACAGCUUCCUGCAAGGUUAUGGUCUGACCGAGACAUAUGCUAUCGCUUGCGCGCAAGUCGAAGGCGACAUGACAGCCGGCAACUGUGGUGCAGUUAUGCCUACAACCGAGUUGUGUCUCAUGGACGUGCCAGACAUGGAGUACUUCGCAUCCGACAAGCCAUACCCCCGUGGCGAGCUCUUGGUUCGCGGACCUACUGUGUUCCGAGAAUACCUCAAGAACUCCGAGGAGACGCAGAAGACACUCCUUCCGGAUGGCUGGUUCCGUACCGGUGACAUUUGCUUAGUGGACGAGCUUGGUCGCUUCAAGAUUAUCGACCGCAGAAAGAACGUUCUCAAGCUGGCACAGGGCGAGUACAUCUCGCCCGAGCGCAUCGAGAAUGUCUACCUCGGCAACACAACCUGGUUCUCUCAAGCAUACGUGCAUGGAGACAGCGACAGAGCAUUCUUGGUCGCCAUCUUUGGCAUCCAGCCUGACACCUUUGCAGGGUUCGCAAGCAAGGUGCUUGGUAAGCAGCUGGGUGCAACCGACAUCAAGGCCCUCGAGGCGGCAGCCCAGGACGUCAAGGUCCGUCAUGCCGUUCUCAAGGAGCUUGAUAAGAUUGGCAAGAAGAACAAGUUCAACAGCUACGAGAAGGUGCGCAAUGUGCGACUGAUGGUUGAGCCUNUUACUGUCGACAACGAACUCCUCACACCUACACUCAAACUCAAGAGACCCCAGACCGCGAAGAAGUACCGCGCUAUUAUCGAUGAGAUGUACACCGAGGCCGAGGCACAGAGCAGUGCCAGGGCCAAGUUGUAG